AUGAUAUCGACCCCGCCACCCCGCUCCUUGCGCGACAAGUGUCUCGAGCUGCAGCAAAAGGUCGAAGCGUUCAUUGCUGAGGAGGCUGAGACACAGACAUUGCGCGAUGUACAGGAUCAGGUCCGCAAGUCGAUAGAGGUCGUCGAUGAAGCGUUGCAGAAAUAUCGACCGGAACAAAUAUCGUUAUCAUAUAAUGGCGGAAAGGACUGCCUCGUUCUUCUGAUCAUCCUCCUCGCUCGCAUGGGCCGACACUACUAUUCUACAUCCGACACCACCAACGGCACUUCCGAACUCACACCCCCCGAAAAGCUCCAAUGCGUAUACAUCGUCGCGGCGCAUCCCUUUCCCGAAGUCGACACAUUCGUCGAGACGUCCAGCGAAGAAUACGGCCUUGAGGUUGCGCGCUACGUGCUACCGAUGAAGAAGGGGCUGGAGAUAUAUCUUGAGGAACGACCGAGUAUCAAGGCUGUCUUUGUGGGAACGAGAAGAACGGAUCCCCAUGGUGAGAACCUGACGUUCUUUGAUCCGACGGACGCUGGCUGGCCGUCGUUUAUGAGAAUACAUCCUGUUAUUGACUGGCAUUAUGUUCAAAUCUGGGCUUUUAUCCGACACCUCGGCAUUGAGUACUGUCCUCUAUACGACCAAGGCUACACGAGUCUAGGCGGUAUAAAGGAUACACAUCCGAACCCCCAUCUGAAGAAGCAGGGUCAAAAUGGGCAAGGUUUCCGGCCCGCAUAUGAACUAACUCAAGAUGACGAAGAGCGACUGGGCCGUGAUUCAUGA